AUGUUUUCCGAGAAGCACCAGCUACUAUUCGGACCUCCAGUGUCCUCCACAGACCCGCUAACAUGGAGUCGUUUGCGAAAAGAGCUUUUAUUCGCGACUAUCAUCUUUGGAUCCUGCGCGACCGGCUCUCUAGGCCCGCUUCUAGUUCCAGCCUUUGUUUCCUUGGCCGCAGAUCUCCAAGUGAGCCUGACUAGUAUCACAUUGCUUAACGGAAGCCUGGUCAUGGCUCUAGGGCUCAGCGCCUACGUUUGUUCUUGCUCUGCUCGGUGCUUCGGCAAGCGAUCGGUUUACCUCUUUACGACGAUUUUGGUGCUCGCCGCGUGCUGCUGGGGUGCAGCAUCGAAGUCUUACACCUCGCUGCUUGCAUCGCGUGUGUUUCAAGGAUUGGGUAUGGGUGGCUUCUUCGCCCUCGCUGGUACAGCUUCCAUUAAUGAUAUCUACAACGUGGACGAGCGCGGCUGGCGCGUUGGCCUGUGGAACUUCGCUGUUAUUGUUUCAGUCAACCUCACGCCCAUCAUCAGCGGUACCGUGAUUUCAGCGCUCUCCUGGCGUUGGGCCUUCUGGCUCCAGGCCAUCCAAUUUGGCGUCCUCCUUGCAGCCGUGAUCUUCUUCUUCCCCGAAACUACAUUUCGUCGUGAGAUCUCUGGCAGUCGACCUACCACAUGCAACCUAGAAACGUCUUCGGACGACCACACCUUAGAUCACCCAGAGCUUGACACCGAAGAAAAGGGUGGCCGGCCGGUUGUGACCAGUGCCAGCAUCGAAUCGAUCCCCGUCCAACGCCAUAACUCCCUUUUCGUCUUCACCGAGCCCCUUGCCAUCGUGAUCGACCCUAUCGUCAUCUGGGGUAGCAUCAUGUGGUCUAUGACCUUUACCUGGACGAUCCUCCUCGGCGCCGUCGCAUCACAAAUCUUUACUGCACCACCCUACAACAUGUCCACCGUAGCCGUCGGUAGCCUUACCGGCAUUGGGCCUUUGAUAGGCUCAGCGCUGGGUACUGUGAUUGGUGGGUUUCUGUGCGAUCUCAGCAGCAAGUCCAUGGCUGGCAAGAAUGCCGGAAUAUACGAGCCCGAGUUCCGUCUACCGGUCAUGCUUCCCGCGACACUGGCUAUGAUAGUGGGUGCCUUUGGGCUGGGUGCUGCGACGCAGUAUGGGCUAUCUGCUGUGGUAUGUGGCGUGUUCAUGGCAAUUUUGAAUUUCGCCGUGGGUAUGGGAUGUACAGGAAUCGUGGCCUAUACCAACGAUGCUUGCGGGCAGCGGGCAGGAGAUUGUUUUGGGUUGGCGAUGGUUGCCAAAAGUGCGUUUGCAUUCGGGCUAUCAUUUGUCUUUAAUGAUUUUGUGGUAAAGAGGGGGACCUUGAUUUUCUUUUCGACAUUUGGCGCUGUGAGUGUGGCCGUGAUGCUCACGAAUAUUCCGCUCUUCAUUUGGGGCAAACAGAUCCGGGCAUGGGCAGAUGGGCGGGAUUUGCUUCGACGCAGGAAUAUCCGUAUGUAA